UGCACCCGACCUCAGCAUCCAGAUCCAUGGCGGCUCUCCCCACCGACCCCAUGAACCUGAUGGACCCAUACGCCACCGCCUCCACCUCCCCACGCCGCGACUGGGUCCUGCUCCACCCGUUGGCGCGUACCUCCGACCUCCACAACGCAACCACCGUCGUGUCCAGGACGAGGGACGGCCAGCCCGUCGUGGCGUCCUUCUGGCUAGUCGACCCGCCGGGCGUCUCCUACUUCUCCGUCCACUGCCCCGGCCUCAAAGUUUCAGAUCCGGACGACUUCGCCCACGACGACGAUCCCGACACCGGCCUCAUCGGCGCCGACGUCGUGUGCGCGGACGCCGCGCUCCUUCUCUUCUCCGUAUCCUUCAACACCCCUGACGCCGAUGGCCCCUACCCGGAGUCCACCCACCACUUCGUCUACAGAGCCGGCCCCGGGGAGCCUGCGCUGCACCUGCUCCCGGACCCCGACGUUCCAUCCUACGAAGCCCUGCCGCAAUUCGGCAUCUUGCCCUGCGGCAGGCACUACGCCGUGGCCUUCCUGCGUUGGAACAAGACCAUGGGUGAUCAUAUGUUUGAUGUCCAUGUCUUCUCGUCCCAGACAAAGGCAUGGAGUAGGAAGGUGGCGUCGCUGGCUAUAUCAGAGUCUGAUAAGAGAUGUUUUCAUCGGCAUGAUCCCUCCAAGCAGAUCACGAUUGGAAGCUCAUCACUCGGCUGGGUUGAUCUCUUGCGUGGUAUCCUUCUACUUCGCACCCCGUUCGAUGAACAUCCUGUGAUCGAAUACAUCUCGUUUCCUGCGUCGAGGCCGCCUUGCUCCGAACUAUCAGACGACGACGACGAACAAGGGGGAUCUGACGCUCCUCAAUAUUUUCGUGACGUGGCCUGCUGCAAUGAUUUGAUCAAGUUUGUCGACGUAGAAUACCAUGACCCUUACAGUUGCAGGCCUUGCUGCGGCAGAGAUAAGAGUUGGAAAGCCACCAUAUGGAGCAGGAAGCUUUCCUGGGGAGAUUGGCGCCGGGGAUUCACGGUUGAUGUUGCCGACAUAUCCCUUGACCAAAGUUAUUCUGCUUUACUGCCGGAGCUGUGGGACGACGAAACAGACAAGUUACAUCUGAAGAAACUGAUUUUCUACACCCCCACCCUCGGCAUCUGCGAUGAUGAUCUUCUCUACGUCAUGUCCAAGGUGAACGAUGAAGACGACAAGGCUUGGGUCAUCACAGUUGACAUGAAACAUGCGGUUGCUCAAGCAGCAGCCCCGUUUUCUGCUGGAGACUUCGACUUGCUCCCAAUGUACCGUCCAUGCUCCUUCCCCAAGUACCUCAACAUGACCCCAGGCGUAGAUAUAACCAAUACAGGGCACAAGUACUUUACAAGGAUGGACGAUGUGGAGAAAUGUAUUGGGGAAUUGCUGUGGACUCAAGACUGGCUUAGGGAACUUGGUCAAUGCUUGGAACAUGACAGGUCAGCUUACAUCGAUUGCAGCUCACUACAUCUCCGUCCAGUGUCAUCUCUACGUUUGACUACUCCGGCAGUCAGUUCUGUUCUGGUGUCCAGAGUUUCACGUUAUGAGUUCAUCAUGUUGUUUUGUCCUCAACUUUGCCUUCUGUUCUUUCUUCCUUCGUUAAUAAUAUCAAUCUUUGCUUCCUCAAGUUUGAAUCCAUUCUCAUCAAACCAUGCAUACAACUAUUGAUACAGCAUUUAUUUUUCCGUAAUUUGUUUUUUCAGUUCCGAAUUAUGAACAACCGACUUACCUGAAUCACUAAAAAAAACUUGACACAGGUGGUAGAAUAUGCUUCCUAUGUUGGUGAAGGCAAAGCUAAAGCUGCCUCGAAAGCUGUGGAUGUUUGCUUACGAGCUUUGGAAGAUUUCAACAACUUGCUACUGGGCAAGCUGCCGAGUGAUGCAUCAACAUCUACUAAAGCCAUGAGGAGAAAAAUCAAUACCGCCCUCAAAGCUCUUAAGAACGUCUUGCAAAUUGCGCCACAAUCAAUGAUGGUGGGAGGAACAACGAUGGAUGGAGUAACGACACUUGCAAAUGCUUGCCACCAAAACAGACGGAAACCAGUAUUUGAACGUCGUCAGAGACCAGGUCAUACAAUUGAGUACAUAGAGCCUGGCUUUUCCGGCGGCAAGCUAUUCUUUGAUCGCCGCAGGAAGGCAGACCAUGAGGAGGACAAAUGUGACGAUGAGCAUCAAGUGGAACUCGACCUCCAUGGCUCUCUGGGUCCCUGGUUGAGGUCUUUGCCUCCAGAUGUUUGGUUCAUUUUGGCGAUUGCUUUCAGUGCACUAGUACUGUAUGCUUGCGAUAUGCAAGGGCAUGUUUGGUAGCCGUAUGAGCCAGGGCUGGCUCACCGGAGCCUGGGUGAGGAAGUACAACCGAAAGAAUAACAUCUGCACAUUUUUUGGUUGUUCGC